AUGGCCGCCUCGCCUCUUAUCACCGCUGUCGCCGUCGUCGACGACAGACACGAUGAACACUCCCUCGAACCCGAGGCCGUCCCCGACAAGAUCAGCGCGUACUACAGCCUCGUCUUCCCCGGCUUUACGUACUACCUGCAGACGCUGACCGUCACGAUUGGUCGACGUUGCAUCCCAGCGUCCACCGCAUCUACCUCCAGUUUACCCCAAGUCGACGUCGAUCUCGGUCCGUUGAAGAGCGUGUCACGCUUGCAUGCCAAGAUUGAAUACGAUGAGGAGGAAGAACGCUUCGUGCUGGUCGUAAUCGGCCGCAACGGCGCGUGGGUCGAUGGAGUCUGGUCCCCUAGUGGAAGCAGAGUCCCCCUGAGUGAGAGGUCCAAGAUCCAGAUAGCGUCCAGGACCUUUCACUUUGUAUUGCCACCACCCCCUGCCCCCGAAGACUCCCCGUCUCCCAGCUCUCAUUCCUCCGAGCAGCGCAACCGCUCGCCCUCCGUUGAUAUCACCUCUAUCUCUCCCCCGUCAUCCCUACCAUCGGAUUCACCCCCUCCUGUCCCCGUCGCUGAGCCACCCCCACUAGUCAAGAGCCCGUUGAUACAGCCUAAACCAGAACCUUCUACGACUCUACUGAAGCCCAAAGUUGUGUCCAAGAAGCGAAAGAAGUCUGAUGUCGAUGCGAUACCCAGGCCCAAGCCCGAGGAUAUGCCGCCUAAACCUCAGUUAACUUAUGCGCAGCUGUGUUAUAAAGCUAUCAAGGCAUUGGGUGGUAGAGCGACUUUACAAGAUAUAUGCAACUGGGCUAUAAGUAACUAUGACUGGUACCGCUACAAUGAAGGGACUGGAUGGGAGAGUUCUAUUCGCCAUAAUUUAUCCUCUAAUCGCGCGUUUCAGAAAGUCGAGAAAUCGGCCGGGGAGAAGGGAAAGGGUUUUUACUGGACUGUUGACGAGAAAUACGAGCACACCUUUGAGGAGAGGGAAAAUGCUCAGGGCGCGACGGGAGGUAAAGAUGGUCGGUCAAAGAACAAGAACAAGGGCCCUUUGCCCCCGCCGUUCGCCUCUACUCCUCUCGCUUUCAAGACGUCCAAGACAACUCCCCCUGUUCCUAAGCCUGCGGCCACCGCAGUUCCAGCGGCCCCACAAGCGCCUCCUCCUGUCGUCAAGACUGAACCGCCACCACCACCGUCCCUCCUGACGGCGAUGUCAGCCACUGUUACCCCAGCUCCGGCUCCCGCCAUACCCACUUCUGAAGUCGCGGCAACCCCAGCACCUCCGAGCGCCGCAUUGCCACCCACACAGUCAUCAUCAGCAGUUCCUCAUUUGCCAUCUUCGGUCAGGAUACCUAUCAUCGUCGGUCCAGCACCCUCUUCUCAGCCGGCAUCGUCGGCCGUCUCCCCUUCCCCUGCGUCUUCGGCAGCGUCUCUGCAUCUUCCCUCUCCUCCCAUCGUCUUGCAUAACAACACGCUCAUAUUGAACCCCACGAUAUUUUCACAUCUGACUCGUGAACAGUUGAGGGAGUUGGAGAACCUUGGAGCCCAGAAGGCCUUGGAAAUCCUCCAAGGGUAUAUCGUGCGGUUCCUUAAGGAGCGGAUUCGGCACGAGGGCGGGAAAGGUAGAGGACGCGGGAGAGGGAGGGGACGCGGUAAGAAGGAUAUCAGCGGUGCUACAGCCAGGGCGACUCCGGCAGACGUCAAGAUGGAAACAUCAGCCGACCAGAGCGGCAGUGCCACACCGGACAAGUCCCUGCCAGCGAUGGGCGGUCAGCAACAGGUACCUGUCUCUUCUGCACCUCUUGCAGAGGCGUCUCGAUCGGAGUCACCUCUGAUCGUUGUAGACGACGACGAUACCGGCUCCGAGGGCCCUGCUGCGAAGAAGAGACGCAUGGAAUACCCUCCUGUAAUGGCCGGUGACAUUCAGAUAUAG